AUGGAUCGUGGAAUAUCCUCAGCGAAGUAUCUCGUUUACUAUUAUUGCGAACAAGCAAUGAAAUUCUUCAUCGUCUUCAGCGCCCUCCUCGCCAGCGCCUCUACCGUGCUCGCCUCUCCUGCCGAGGACACAACCUCCUCCCUUCAAUUCGCGCAGGACGGCACGGCACCCAACGGAUGCCACUGGGAGGGCACUGCACCCUUCUGUGCAGGUUCGUGCGCCCAAGGGUAUACCGAGAUCGAUCGUGGCGGGUGCGGCGACGGCGCCUGCUGCAUCACUGGAAUCAAGACACUGUGCUGCACUCAGGCUGCCGCUGCCGCUGCAAAGAAGAAGAUUGCUAACGCCAAGCCAAUUUAA